AUGCCUCUAACAACACCGGUUUUGACGGUGGAUGCCGAUAAUAUUCACAAGGUCGACACCGCCAAUGCUCAAAGCCUUCAUGGAAUGUGGAUGGUAUUCUCCAAAUGUGCCGACUACAUGGACCAAGGCCGUCGGCUCGAGAACCUAAGCUGGCGUCUAUGGACCCGUGAAACCUUUUGCGUUGAGCCCGAGAAAUCAAGUGAGGUCUCGGUCCUCCCGAAAUUGCGCUCCGAUGCUGGCGAUCUCCCGGAGCUCUCCGCGAGUGUUGAGUCGGCUGCGUCCGAUCAAGCCGAGCGCAUUGAAGCUCAUAUCAAGCGCCCGCAAUUCUCUGACUACCGACCCGCCGUGGUACGUGAAGACUCCCUGUCUAGCCUCGGCCGUGGCAAGGAGAAGCACAUCACCUCGCUCGACCUCGAGCGUAUGGUCCUCAACAUCAAAGAGCGGAAAUGUCUGGAGCCUCUGACCCCGACGAUCGAGCCUGCUGCGCCCGUCGUCGAUAUCACCCCGCGACCCUCGACUCCUACUCCGACUCCUCCUUCGAUCUCUACCGUUCCGUUGUUCGGGGGGUUUUCUCCGUCGCAUAUCUCAUCGUCCUUUCGGUCGCAACCUAAGCUGUCUGUCGACCCGAGCCCAUCCCGCAGUGCUACUCAACUCAAGCCGUCCCCUCUUAAGAAGAAGGGAGGUAUGUUUAUGCUCGGUGGUUCCUCCGGAGACGAUGAUGAGAGUUCCUUUGAAGACCGCAUGGUCCGCCCGCAGGCACUACAACAGAAGAUGCCCUAUGGAUCGUCAUUGAAACCUACCACUAGCAACCCGAGUUCUUCCAAGAAGGUUGCCUCUUUUAGUGAUGAAGUUGCCACCCGGACCAUUCGACCUUCCAAGAGUCCCCUCAGCGCCGACGAGGAUGCCAUCGAAACCGACGACGAGGUCUCCGAGAGCGCCAUCGAGGACGACGAAGACUCCGAUUGGGAAGACUCCAUUACCGAAAGUGGCACUGCGAGCAUUGACGAACGACCGGAGAUGUUCCAACGGGUGGAUUCUCGUCCGAAUUUGGUAUCCCGCCGGUCGCUCCUCACCAUGAUGAUGCACCAGCCGACCAAGAUGAACAUGAAUGGAAACGCAUUCCGGUCCAGUCCCGCCCUACAGCGAUCUCGCCUGACAUCACCCAAUGGCCCAUCUAUCCCUACCUCGCCCCCCGAGAAUGACGAGGAGAGCCUCACUAUGCGUGGUCCUGACGUACCUCGAUCCAAACCCAUCGGCAUGAAGGCGCCUGGACCUCAGUCAGUCGCUCACUCGCCACGUACCACCCGCCGAAACAUGCUUGCGACCGAAUUGACCGAGUCCCUUCGCCGACACCUUCUCUGGGAGCGCCAGCAAAAGAGCGCGACCGCCAAUGCGUUCAAGCGACGCCACACCACCCACGACAUGAAGAAUCUCCAGGAGUACCCCGGCCCGAAAGGACCUCACCAGACUCCCGGAGGUGGCCCAUCUGGGACUGCGGACACGAAUGCGGCCAACCAAGCAUCCAAGGAUCUCGCUAAGAACGGCUCUUGGACCAAUUACGCGACAGACUUCGGCCCCUGGGAAUACCACGUCAAGGGGUGGUAA